UAAUAUUUAAAUAAUUAUUUAUUGAAAUAUAUUUGAAAAGUGAAAUAAACAUGAGUGACGAUAGUGUUUACGAGUCAGCGUACAAAGGAGAUUUUGAUGUUGUUAAAUCAGAAAUUGAAAAGGAUUCAUCUGUCAUCACAAGAAAAGAUUCAAACGAUAGGAUACUAUUACACUGGGCAGCUUUAAGUGGAAAUGUAAGACUGGUCACAUAUUUAUUAGAACUUGGCUCUCCUGUGGACCCGUUGGAUGAUACUGAAAGUACCCCUUUAAUUUUGGCAUCGUCAGCUGGAAGAAUUGAAAUUGUUAAACUACUUUUAACUUAUGGAGCAAAUCCUAAUACGAAGACUGAUCAAGGUCAUUCUGCACUACAGUAUGCAUGUUCAAAAGGAUGGACUGAGGUUGUUGAAAAGUUGUUGGAGUAUAAAGCAGAUAUCAACAUUUCUGAUAAAAGAGGUGCCACCCCUAUGCAUAGGGCGGCGUCCAAAGGUAACUUAUCUGUGGUUAAAUUACUACUGAGUCAGUUUGAAAAGCCCAAUGUGAAUGCUAGGGAUGUAUAUGGUAAUACACCCUUGCAUUUGGCUUGUGAGGAGGAUCGACAAGAGGAAGCUAAACUGUUGGUGAUUCAUGGGGCAGAUGCUGAGAUGCUUAAUCAUGAUGGAAAAACUCCACUAGAUCUUUGCACAAUCUCAUUACGUCGCAUUUUAUCUAAUAUUAAAAAUAAUUUAAACUAGAAGUUACUAUAAUUAAAAGUAUUUUUAAUAAUGCCAA